GCUCCCGCGCAGAGGGCGGGGGAGGGGCUCGUCCGCGCUCCAGCCCCGCGCCCUCGGGGGCGGUGCCAGCCACGGGCCUGCUUUCCGCGCCAAAUUUUUAAAUCGAAGGCGGAAGGUCCGGCCCCGCCCUGGGGACCUCUAGCCAAUGGCAGGCCGGCGAUGGGUUUUCUGAUUGGCUGGGAGCCGUCGCCCUGGAAACCGUGGGAUGCUGUCUGGCGGGCCCCCCCGGGGGCGGAGUGCUUUCGGGGAGGAGGAGCCAGUGCGUGCGCCCGGCGGGAAGCGGGCGACCACUGGGGACUGUACCUGGCUGGGAGCGCAGCUUACCGAGUCCCUGUGCAACGCGGUGAUCUGGGCACCUAGGGAGAUCCCCACCGCCACCUGCAGUGCUGCGCACGUUUGAAGAACUCUAAAAGAGGAGAGGGGGUCCGAAUCCCAAAGCUCUCUGUAAAUGCCCCAUCGUGCGUUUAGAGCGCCAAGGCUGAAUUGGGGAGUUGCUCUCAGGCCAUUUCCCAAGUCUUUCCUUCUGAGCCUGUGCACGUGUGUGUCAGGCGAAAAACUUCAGCAUCUCCCCCGAUGCAGGCUCGGUGCGUGCUCAGUCGGUACCCGGGCUCGUACGCUCCGUCCGCGGCCCAGAUUGGUGUGCAGGAUAUUAAAAAACUUUAAUAGGAUCGGUUGGACUACUUGAACCACUUGAAUUUGGGGAGGAUCUUCAGAUUUUUCGUUUUUAAAGGCACACUAAAUGUAUGAGAAGUUGACAAAAUGGAGAACCAAAAGGAAAACCUCUUUUCUGAGCCACAUAAAAGGGGACUGAUGAAAAGCCCCCUGCAAGAGUCCUCGAAGGCCAACAUAGUAUUGGCUGAGAUCCAGCCUGACCUGGGCCCUUUAACCACGCCAACCAAGCCCAAGGAAGUUUGCCAAGGAGAGCCAUGGACACCCACGGCCAACCUGAAAAUGCUCAUCAGUGCGGUGAGCCCAGAGAUCCGAAGUCGAGAUCAGAAAAGGGGGCUGUCAGACAACCGUGGAUUACCUGAAGCUAGAGACUGUUUGCACGAACACUUAUCUGGAGACGAAUUUGAGAAGUCCCAGCCGAGUCGGAAAGAGAAAAGCUUGGGGUUGCUGUGCCACAAGUUCCUGGCGCGGUACCCUAAGUACCCCAACCCUGCUGUGAAUAAUGACAUCUGCCUGGACGAGGUGGCCGAAGAGCUCAAUGUCGAACGUCGACGGAUUUAUGACAUUGUGAAUGUACUGGAGAGCCUGCACAUGGUGAGCCGCCUUGCCAAAAACAGGUACACGUGGCAUGGCCGGCACAAUCUCACCAAAACUCUGGGGACCCUGAAGAGCGUCGGAGAGGAGAACAAGUAUGCUGAGCAGAUCAUGAUGAUCAAAAGGAAAGAGUAUGAGCAAGAGUUUGACUUCAUUAAGAGCUGUGGCGUAGAGGACCACGUGAUCAAGUCCAACACUGGCCAGAAUGGGCACUCAGACAUGUGUUUCGUAGAACUCCCUGGAGUGGAAUUCCGGGCAGCAUCGGUAAACAGCCGCAAAGACAAGUCCUUGCGAGUGAUGAGCCAGAAGUUUGUGAUGCUGUUCUUGGUGUCGACGCCUCAGAUAGUAAGCCUAGAAAUUGCUGCCAAGAUUUUAAUUGGGGAGGACCAUGUGGAAGAUCUGGAUAAAAGCAAGUUUAAAACAAAAAUUAGGAGGUUGUACGAUAUUGCUAAUGUUCUGAGCAGCCUGGAUCUCAUCAAAAAAGUUCACGUUACAGAAGAAAGAGGUCGGAAGCCAGCUUUCAAAUGGACAGGCCCAGACAUCAGCCCAAAUACUGGUGGCUCCAGUCCAGUCAUGCCUCUUGCCACCUCCUUCUUAGAGGUGGAGCAGUCUGCAAAAGAGAACUGUGCCAAAAACCUGUUUUCUACACGGGGAAAACCCAGCUUCACUCGACACCCAUCCCUUAUCAAAUUGGUAAAAAGUAUAGAAAGCGAUCGGAGAAAGAUCAGUUCUGCUCCCAGCAGCCCCAUCAAGAGCAACAAAGCCGAAAGUUCUCAGAAUUCUCCACCCUUCCCAAACAAGAUGGCUCAGCUCGCUGCUAUUUGCAAGAUGCAGUUGGAAGAGCAGUCAAGUGAACCCAGGAAGAAGGUGAAGGUGAAGCUAGCAAGAUCUGGGCACUACAAGCCCCUGGCCCCUCUGGACCCUGCAGGGAACACUGAGCUGGAACUGGCUGCGCCCUCCCUCAUCCAGCCCCUGGGGGUGGUCCCCCUCAUCCCUAGCCCGUUAUCACCUGCAGUGCCUGUGAUCCUACCUCAGGCCCCCUCGGGCCAAUCCUAUGCCAUCUACUUGCAACCCGCCCAAGCCCAAAUGCUGACACCACCCCAUGGCCUGAGCCCAACAGUCUGCCCCACCCACUCCUCUAAUGCUACCGGAUCCAAAGACCCUACAGAUGCCCCCACUGAGAGGACCACCCCAGAUGCCGAAAAGCCUGGCGCCUCCUGCAGACCCGGAAGCCUGCAGCCAGCACCGGAAAGGCAAGAGGCAAAGAACGGAAGCAAGGAGACAGCUGGAGACCGAGGAACAAAGAGGGCAAGCACCCCAGAGGACAGUGGUUCCGUAAAGAAGCCCAAAGAGGACCUGAAAGCGCUUGAGAAUGUCCCCACGACUCUGUUCCCAUCAGGGUACUUAAUCCCUCUCACCCAGUGCUCAUCCCUGGGGGCAGAAUCCAUGUUGUCUAAGACAGAAAACUCAGGUACACUUUCCCCAAACCGCAGGAUCUACGGCUCCCCAAUUGCAGGUGUCAUCCCGGUGGCAUCAUCCGAGCUCACUGCUAUGAACUUCCCCUCUUUUCAUGUGACACCUUUGAAACUUAUGGUCUCCCCAACGUCUGUGGCAGCCGUACCUGUUGGGAACAGCCCGGCUCUCAACUCAAGCCACCCUGUUCCUGCCCAGAACCCAAGCUCGGCCAUUGUAAACUUUACCCUGCAGCACCUGGGACUCAUCUCCCCCAGUGUGCAGAUGUCUGCCAGCCCCGGGACGGGAGCUGGCACGGUCCCCAUGUCCCCACGUGUGGAAGCAGCUAGUGUCAUACCAGAUAACUUGAGCUCUCGGCAAGGGAGGACCAGCAGCCAUGAGUCGCCAAUCCUGGGCCAGAGCCAACUAAAUGGACAAUCAGUUGCUGGGACAGGGCCACAACAGCCUGUUCCUGUGACACCCAAAGGCUCCCAGUUGGUGGCUGAAAGUUUCUUCCGUACCCCAGGUGGACCAACCAAGCCUACCAGCUCACUCUACAUGGAUUUCGAUGGUGCUAACAAAACCUCCUUUGGAACCCUCUUUGUCCCACAGCGUAAACUGGAAGUCUCAACUGAGGAUGUUCACUGAUUGACAGAAGAUGGUGGUUUAAUUUAAUUUUCUAAAGAGCUAUUUAAUGAGAUGAUGUAGACAUACAGAUUGAGAGAACACCACCUUUGAAAAUACUGUAAAUACUUUGGGGUUUUACUCAAUAUCCCAGCAGAUAUUUUGUCAUGCUUAAGCAUGUGCACACAUGGCGCGUGCACACGUACACACACACACAUUUGUACAAGGCCAAAUUCAGCCUUCAGUACUAUAAAGUAAAAUGUUGAACUAAGGUACAUUAACUUCUAGGGGGGGAAGAUUCUUUUUUUUUCACCUGUGCCUGUAUUAUUAUGCAAAGUAACUUUAUUAAAGUUUACUUCCCUUUCAGUAAAUGUUUGACUUACCUAACACAGCACCUGCUCAAACUUUUGCACAAAGGAAAUGCUGUGUGAUGUAUAAUGUAUUUUUACAUAGGGAGGCGAUAGCUCUAUUUUUUUGUAAUUUCUUUAAUCCUUUGCUGUUGCAGUCUGUCUUUUUGUAGAGUUUACAACCCUCCUCAAUCAAGUCUAUGGAAAAAAUUAUUUAUAAAAUGUAUUUUUAAUCAUAAGUUGUUGAAAUUAAAACUCUUCUCAAAUGUA